AAAUGUAAACACGCUUGAUGCACGUUGUGAAAGCGUCUGCUGUCACUAAUUUCAGCUGAUUUGCAUUACGAGGCCACUUCAGUAUAUUUCAGCAUGUACAGUCUCCAGAUGCUCUCCUGACAUGGACCGUUUCUGGAAAGAACCCAUUAAUGGCACAACAGUAUUUUUCUCUGAAGAAAGCUUCACACGAGUAUUAGGGACUGUAUCCCUACAAGAAAGACUCGCAAUCAAGUUUGGUGAAAUCCGAGAUGACGUCCAAUCUACUCCAGUUGUCUCACAAUACCAGGCACAUGCGUCUAAGAUUACCACUGCUGUACCCACACAGGGGCCGAAGAGGAAGGACCCUGGGGAGGCUAAGAAAAAACAAGCACCUGCCUUGAAGAUGGAUAGUCCUGCAUCCUCAUCUGCUGCAGUCAUUCAGCCAGGACAUACCACACAGAAGCCCAAAGGUCGCAAAUCCUCGCUGACUUGUAAGGAGCAGAGACGGUACCUGGAGCUGUUCCAGAAAUACCUGGUGUCGUACCGGCCACAGCAACCAACUCAGGCAGAGAUCAAGGAACUCACAGAGUUUGAGGCCCUCCAGCAUAGAGUGAGCAGUGAACAGGCUGACUUCCUCAAGUACACCAAGCUUGUUGCCAACUCCAGACACUCGGACUACAUUCACCUAGUCCCUGCUGCCGGGCGGUAUGUCGAUGAGAAACUGAAUUACCAGUGGCGCCGUGUUGACCAGUAUGCAAGGUACUACGUCCCCCACAAGACAGUACCCCUCUGUGUCCCCAGCGAUGCAGACUAUGCCCCAACCCUGGUGCAUCAGAAGCUGCUGCUGGAACUGGGUAGUUUCCCUAAGAUAUUCCUGCCUGACAUGAGUCGUGCACAAACUGAGCUGCCAACGCUGUAUGACAAGAUCAACAAGCGGUUCCCUAGCACUGGCAGAAAGACGAGGAACAGCAAGGCAUGGAAUCAUGAGGCAUGUAGCAGAGACACCAAUGCUGAGAUUCUGGCAGAAAGGCAUGGCUGUCAGAUCGUCACCUGUUCCUCCGCUCUCAAGUGUCUGGUCGACAACCACGCCCCCAAGUUUGACCGAGACUGGGAAAUCCCCGUUGUUAUCAAACAGUACGAACAUGACUAUGGAGAAAUCAGCACCAAGCAAAGAGUUGUCUACAUUGAUAAGCCAUUUGCAGCUAAAGUGAUGACCAACAGAGAAAAGAACACAAUGUAUCACAAGUUUGCCCUGAAGACAUUCAUCAGCCAACCAGCCCUCCCCAAGGGGCAACGUCUUGUCGGACACAACUCCCCUGCAAACUCUGCAAAGGAAGACACGCACAGAAGACCUAAAUCGACAACCCCUUUUGAUGAAGAAGUCAACAUGGAAGACUUAGAAACGUUCGGAUCAUUUGAUUUCAGCAAACCUGCCAAGAAAUCGGAAAUGAAGACUCAGGAAAGUUUGGUAGAUCUCGAAUCGUUUGCAAUCUCCACUGGUAAAUCUGAAAUCAAGAUGGUCAACCGUGAAAAGAGUGGAAUAUCAAAAACAGAUACAUCCAAACCUUUGAUUCACAGAAGUGAUUCCAAAAGUGUUGAUGCUUGUGAGCAGAUAGGAAGUGAUAAGGUAGACCUAAAGGGAGGUAAAUCCAAUUCCUCAUCAACCAGAGCAUCUGAUGGAGCUUCAGGGAGGAAACAAUCUGAUACUUCCAAACUUGAAACCUGUGAUGUGUUAAAAGUGCCAAAGAAAGUAACAGCUGUCCCCAAAAUUCCUGUGUUCAGUUCCUCCGGUGGAGAUACAUCGCAUGACGAGUCGUUGGUCAUAGACCUCCCAGAAUCAUCCAGUCCACCUCCCCGCACAACAAGGUCAACAAGGUCACAGGCGAAGAAGAAAGAAUCGGAAAGUUCUCAAUCCAAGUCCUGUCCCGAAGUUGCUGUUGCACCGGUCAGAAGCAGCCCCAGAUUGACCAGACAGACGGAGGUGGGGAAGGAUCUCAUGUCAGACAGCACGGAUGACGAGAAUGGACUCAUUAUUGACCUGGAAGAUGAACACGAAACUGAGGCAACCAAGAGGAGGACCCGAUCUCAGUCUCUGGAGUCAAAAGAGUUUCCAAUUCCAAAAAGGAUACUCAGAAAACGAAAGACCGAGCAGGUUAGAACAUCCGUUGAGUCGGAGUCCGAUAUUAGCCCUGACAGACAUUCACUACGGGUCACAAGGUCAAAUUCAGAAUCCAAGGCCUCUGAUGAGCCUGACAAGGAGGAAUCAGUUAAAGAGAAGGUCACGAGGAGUAUGUCAGUUACGACACCUGAAGACAGUGUUAAAGAUGGGACCAAGGACCCAACUUCUGCUUUGUUGACAGAAGUUAGCCCCUCCAAAGUGGACACUAUUAUGUUCAAGACAUCAACCGAUGACUUCAGUCUGUUGCCUGGGACAAAAGAAGCCCAAGACACGCCCCCUUCUGCCAAAAGGUCAGGGAGAAGGAGAGGUGUGACAACAGCGGGAGUGUCUACGCUGGACUCCAUCCUUAAGAUGCAGGAAAAAAUGUUGCCAACGGCGCCCCGAGGCCGAACUAGUGCAUCAGGACAAGACAUAGAGGAGAACCUGUCCCAGUUCCGGCAGCCCGAGGAGCACAACACAUGUUACAAUCUGUGGAACUUCUCGGGGCUCAGCCUCCUUGUCCGAAAUUCAUGCCAUGGAAUCCUCAAGGGCCUCUCUCAGAAGGCACAGCCGGUGCUGAUCGUCCCCAAGUUGGAGUACCAGGUGAAGUUCGGAGUGGAGCAGGUGACGAUGAGCGAGGUGUCCCGGGACUGGAUCUCGUGCCACACCAAACCCAACACCAAGCUGGUUCGAGGUCGCAUCAAUGCAUUUACAUCGGAACUGGUGAAGAUAGAUGAACUGGAGCUCAGCUCAAUAGUCAAUCCCUCCCUGCCCUUUGUACCAAGCAAUGCACUUGCCUCCUUACACAGUCUAUUCCUCAAGCUGACAGAGUUGCCCGUGGGACAAUAUCUUCUGAGUCAUUCGAAGGGAGACAACUCCUGUCAGCUUCAGAAGCAAACCGAUAACAAACGGGGAUCAUAUGACCUCAAGUUCAGCUACAUGGGUUUCGGACAGAUCGUCCCCCAGAAGACAGAGUCGAGUGUUCCGUGGAUCCCCAUCGACCCCACAGUGCUGCUGCCUGCACACCGGAAGCUUGGACGCAUUCCCUGCACAUUUGACCCAUCAGAUUCCAUCCCCCCCAAACAGAUGAAGCUGAUGAACACCAAGAAGAAGAACAGGAAAGGCCAGAAGAAGAAGCAACGGCAGGGGAAGCACAUGAAAAGAUGAUGAUUUUCACUUUGUCCUUCAAUUACCAUGAUUGCGCCUCACUUGGAAGAUGAUAUAUAGUGUUACAUGAUGUAAGAUUUGUUUUGCACUUCCCUGUGCCGAUGAAAUAUGUGGCCCAGUUAUCUAAGGCUGUCCACUUCCCUGUGCAGAGUUCUGUCCCUUAGACGUACCAGGAACCUAAUAUCGUGGGUUCAAAUCCCAGAUUAGCUCUGAUUAUGUUUCUAGGUUACUAGACUCCAUAUCCUUACUUGUGGUUUCUCUAAAGAGGUAAACGACCCAUGAAGAUCCGGGGUAGAGUAGGUCUUCAGUAACCCAUGCUUGCCGUAAAAGGCGACUAUGCUUGUCCUAAUGGGAUCGGGUGGUCAUGCUCGCUGAUUUGGUCGAUGCAUGUCAUCG